GCUCCUCCUCUCACAAGACGCGCACUCGAGAUGGCGUUCGCGGCGUCCACCGCGGUAAACGCCGCCCUCACGGCGCUGCCCGCGCGCCGAGCGCGGAGCGCGUCCGCGCGCGCGCGCGUCGCCGCGCUGUCUUCGCGCCAAAAUAAAAUCACAACAACUUUCGAUCUGCGUCAACGCGCGCGUCGGACGCGCGCGCGAUCGUCCAACGCGUCGCGCGCGCUGAUCACCGCGGCGUACCGCGGGAGCCAGUCCGGAUACGUCUCAUUCAAGGGUAAAUCUCCCGGGAGCGUCUCCUUCGGCGCGAUCGCGGAGCCCGCGACGGAGACCGCCGCGGGCGUCGCGUACGAAACGCUCGCGCUCGGCGUCCCGAAAGAAUCGUUCAAGGACGAGAGGAGAGUCGCGCUGGCGCCGGACGCGUUGGGGAAGCUCGUGAAAGCCGGGAUGAAGGUCGUCGUCGAGUCCAACGCCGGGGUCGAGUCCGAGUACGCGGACGAACAGUACGUCGAGCAAGGCUGCGUCAUCGGGAACCCGUGGACCGCGGACAUCGUCUGCAAGAUCCGACCGCCGUCCAAGCCGGAGGUGGCGAAGCUCAGAGAGGGACAGAUCUUAUUCUCGAACAUCUACCCGCGCCAGGACGAAGCGCUCGUGGAGAGCCUCCGGGCGAAGGGCGUGACCGCGUUUGGUUUAGAUUGCGUCCCGAGGACGAUAUCCCGGGCGCAGGCGUUCGACACGCUGUCGUCCAUGGCGAACAUCUCCGGGUACAGAGCCAUCGUCGAAGCCGCGAACGCGUUGCCGCGGUUUUUCGCCGGGCAAUUUACGAUGGCCGGGAACGUGCCCCCCGCGAAGGUCCUCGUCGUCGGCGCCGGGGUCGCCGGGCUCGCGGCGGUGCAGACCGCAAAGAACAUGGGAGCGAUCGUGCGCGCGUUCGACGUGAGAGCCGCGGCGAGGGAGCAAGUCGAGUCCAUGGGCGCGGAAUUCCUCGAGGUGGAGCUCGAAGAGAGCGGCGAAGGCGCGGGCGGGUACGCGAAGGAGAUGUCCCCGGAGUUCAUCGCCGCGGAGAUGGAGCUGUUCGCGAAGCAGUGCGCGGAGUGUGACAUCGUCGUCACGACCGCGCUCAUCCCGGGCCGCCCUGCGCCGAAGCUCAUCUCCAAGGCGAUGGUCGAGAGCAUGCGACCGGGGAGCGUCACCGUCGACCUCGCCGCGGAGGCGGGCGGGAACAUCGAGAGCACGGUUCCCGGGAAGGUGAUUCGCACGUCGAACGGGGUGACGUGCGUCGGAUACACGGACCUCCCGUCCCGGUGCGCGGGGCAGUCCUCGACUUUGUUCGGGAACAACAUCGCGAACUUCAUCAUGUCCAUGGGCGACGCGAAAGAAGGGAGGUUCGAAAUCAGACUCGACGACGAAGCCGUCCGCGGCGCGCUCGUGACGCAGAACGGGAAGAUCAUGUUCCCGCCGCCGCCGCCGCCGCCGAAGCCGGUGCCGGUCAGAGCGCCGGAACCGGAAGAAGUGUGCGAUCUCGACGCCGCGGACGAGUGCAAGCCCCCGCCCGCGUGGAUCCCGGACGCGAAGUCCGCGAUGGCGUUGGGGGCGCUUCUCGCGUUGUUUUACGCCGCGGGCGGCGCCGCGCCGCCGCCGGAGGCGAUCGGUCUGAUGUCCACGUUCUCGCUCGCGUGCAUCGUGGGCUACUUCGCCGUCAACGGCGUCAGCGCGGCGCUGCACUCGCCGCUGAUGUCCGUCACGAACGCGAUCUCUGGGAUGACCGCGAUCGGCGCGCUCGAGCUCAUGCGCGGGGGGCUCCUCCCCGACACCGUCGCCGCGACCGCCGCCGCCGCCGCCGUCGCGAUGAGCGCGGUGAACAUCGCGGGCGGGUUCUUCAUGACCGGCCGGAUGCUCGACAUGUUCAAGCGACCGGACGACCCGCCGUCGUACUCGAACCUGUUGCUCGUCCCGGUGAUCGCCGCGAUCGCGUUUUACGCGAAGCAAGCCGCCGCGGGCGUCGCCGCCGUCGCGUUGCACGAGUCCAUCGCGCUCGCGUCCGCGCUGUGCUGCAUCGGCGCGAUUUCAAUGCUCGCGUCGCAGCAGACCGCGAGGACAGGGAACGCGCUCGGGUCCGCGGGCGUUCUCCUCGGCCUCGCCGCGACCGCGGGCCCUAGGCUCGCGACCGCGUCCGCGGACAUGCUCAUGCAAGCCGCGGGCGCGCUCGGCGUCGGCGGCGUCGUCGGCCUCGCGAUCGCCGCGAGAUGCGCGAUCACGGAUCUCCCGCAGCUCGUCGCCGCUUUCCACUCCCUCGUCGGCCUCGCCGCGACGUUGACGUCCGUCGCGGCGUACAUGUCCCACCCCGCGGCCACGGGCGCGGCGCACCUCGGCGCGACGUGCUUCGGCGUGUUCAUCGGCGCGCUCACGUUCACGGGGUCCGUGAUCGCGUUCGCGAAGCUACAAGGUUUAGUCCCGUCCAAGGAAGUCGCGCUUCCCGCGAAGCAGGUGUUCAACAGCGCCGCGCUCGCCGGAUCGCUGUACUACUGCGCGAUGUUCUUCAAGGCCGCGGUCGCGGGCGCGACCGGCGACGCGGUCAGCGCCCUCGGCGCGAUCGCCGCUCUCGGGGCGUUCAUCGGCCUGCACGCGACGCUCGCCGUCGGCGGCGGCGACACCCCGGUCGUGAUCACCGUCUUAAACUCAUCCUCCGGGUGGGCGCUCUGCGCGGAAGGCUUCGUGCUCGGGAGUCAGCUCCUCACGGUCGUCGGCGCGCUCAUCGGCGCGUCCGGGGCGAUCUUAUCGCAGAUCAUGUGCGUCGCGAUGAACCGUUCCAUCGUCGGCGUGUUGCUGGGGAUCAAGGGAACGCUGAACAAAACGAAGACGGUCGACGUCGACCCGAACAUGCUGUGCGACGUCGAGCGCGGCGAGUGCGUCGUGUCCGACGCGGGCACCGCCGCGCAGGACCUCGCGGACGCGAAGAAGGUCCUCAUUGUCCCCGGGUACGGCCUCGCGGUGAGCAAGGCGCAGUACGCGAUGGCGGACCUCAUCGAGUUGUUGCGCGAGAGCGGCAAAGACGUCGUCGUCGCCGUGCACCCGGUCGCCGGGAGGAUGCCCGGGCAGCUCAACGUCUUGCUCGCGGAAGCUGGCGUGCCGUACGACGUCGUGAAGGAGAUGGAAGAGGUCGAGAACGACGUGGACAAGUACGACGUCUCGUUAGUCGUCGGCGCGAACGACACGGUGAACCCGAGCGCGGUGGAGGACCCGAACAGCGAGCUCGCGGGGAUGCCCGUGAUUCAGGUGUGGCGGUCGCAGAAGGUGCUCGUGCUGAAGCGGUCGCUCGCGGGCGGGUACGCGGACGUGGAGAACCCGCUGUUCUUUAACUCGAACACGAACAUGGUGUUAGGCGACGCGAAGUCGUCCAUCGAAGAGAUCAAGGACGGGCUGAAGGCGCUCCUGUAGAAGUCCGUCUGGUUGUACAUCCUGUCUGGUUGAGCAUUAUGUAGAUGUGAAAUAAUCCAAGUGAGCGAUCUCGUCGC